GUGCGAUCGGAAACGGACGCGCUGCACUACUUUGUGAGAAUUAUUUUAAUUCGCGAUUUUGCGCGGCUUAGGCUGCUGCAUGUACGUAAGUGACAAUGUGUUCCCAACAACUCAUUGUCAAUGAGUUUCUGGCAUUCGUGCAGAAUGCCAUCGACACAAUGGAUGAAGUCAGCAUCGAGCAGAUCUGCAAAUCUAAUUUCAACGAAGAUGAGAUUUGCAGUGGCAAGAUGCUGCUGUUCCAGAGCUGCGGCAAAGCGCAGCAGAUGCCAUCUCGUCGGAGGGAUGGAGGCUUGAAGAGUGUCCAGGAUGUUACUGCAUUCUUGAAGAAUACCGAUCCGGACGACGUGCCUACUUUCGUGGCGAAGGAGCUGCACAAGUUGCCUCCGGUCACCUUUGACCACGUCGACGUCACCAGGCUGUUAAAGGACAUCACGUCCUUGAAGUCGAGUUUGGCUGAAGUUCAGUCAAAAUUGGAGGCGUCGGAUAACUCCAUAAGUGAGCUACGUGCCGAAGUUGCGUUGUUACGCAACCCCGCUUCGGUAUGUAGGUCACCGACAGUCUCCUACGUCAACACGCGUCGCGGGGCGCGAAAAGCAUCCGUCGGCAGUAUUGAGUCGGCUCGUAUGUCGCCGGUCAUUGCUGUUGUCAAUGCACCGUGCCCCCCUGCCCGCCCCUCCGCCUCGGAGGUUACGUCACCCGUAUGCACGUCAUCGCCCGGGCGUGCAUACGCCGCUGUUGCCGCGACUAUUAGCAGCGGAACCGCGACUUCAAAACCCGAGUUGCGGAAAACUGCAAAGGGCGGUAGUAAACCCCGAAUGCCUGUCUCUGGAAUCGCAGGUGCCAAAUCUCAGAGGCAGACCGACAGGUGCGACGAGGACGGCUUCACAAAGGUGGAGAAGAGAAGAAAGAAACCCACCAGGCGAAAUCUAUGUGGCACAGCUCUAACGGGACAGAACUUCUUGCUUCGUGCGGCCAUACCGACGACGCAGUUGUACCUGUCUCGACUGCAUUACUCCACGAAGUCUGAGGAUAUAGUGGAGUAUAUCCGGUUGAAAGCCCAAUUCACCCUGAGGGUCGAACGUUUGGAGUCUCGCCACAACGUUAACUUUAAUUCUUUUGUGGUGAGGGUCCCAACGGCCCAUCUGUCGACCUUCAUGCAGGUAGAGUUUUGGCCGAAGGGUGUCAGGUUCCGGCGGUUCAGAGGAACGAUACAUGACACUUGUUUGCGUCACACGUCGCCGAAUAGUAAUUCGUGUAAAUAGUUAAUAUUUUAUAUGUAUGUUAGUUUGUAAGGUAUGUAUCAAUAAUAAUAAUAAUAUGUAUGUUAGUCUGUAAGGUAUU